AUGGAAUUGGAAGUGAUUUACCAGGUAACCUGAACGAUGAAGGAUUGAUCCUUGUGUUUAUGUUUAUUAGUUUUAUAUAAAAAGCAGGCGUGCUUUCUAAACACAGGAUUCAAAAGAUAUGGGGAAAAUAAACUUUCUUGGGAUUUCUGUCAGCCAAUGAGAAAACUGCUGUCAUAUUCACAGAGCUUAUACCGGCUAGUCGGUCGAACAACACAUUAUCUAUAUGUAAAUUUAUCCUUGACUGUCUUGCAGAUCCACAACAUGGAAAGGCAGAGGAAGCUGCAAACGAUAUACAUGGAGAAUGUGGACUGCCAAGCAAUCAUAAAAUCUGACAAUGGGACACUGGAGAUGGUGUCGAUUAGUCUCGGAGAUAAAUAUGAGAAAAUUACACAGUCAGAAUUCAUCAGUUUCAUACCAGGCCUACUGGGCAGCUACCCGCUCGGGGAGCGGGAAAAGGGCUUCAUUUUCUACUUGGCUUUGAAUUCCGACGGCGAGGCUACUUCUGUUUUGUGCCGCGACACAGACGGAUUCAUACACUUUGAAAAGCUCGGCAACGUGUAA